AUGUCAGAACGAGAAGCUUUAGCUUUACUUGCAAAAGCAGAUAAAAAGGCGACAACUUUUGGGUGGUUUGGGAGUAAUAAAUUUGAAGAUGCUGCUGAAUUGUAUACUAAAGCAGCAAAUUCUUUUAAAUUAGCAAAACGAUGGAAAGAAGCCGGUGAUGCGUUUUCAAAAGCUGCGAAUAUGCAAAUACAACUUAAUGAACGCGAUGAAGCAGCUUCAACUUUCAUUAGUGCUUCUAAAUGUUAUAAGAAAUGUAAUUUCGAAGAUGCUAUCACAUCUUUAAAGCGUGCAAUUGAAAUUCUUACUGAUAGAGGUAGAUUUCAAGCAGCAGCUGGACAUCAAAAAGAAAUUGCUCAAAUUUAUGAAUCUGAUCUAGUUGAUAUAGAGAAAGCAAUGCAAGCUUAUGAAAUUGCAGCAGAAUGGUAUGCUGGAGAAGAGGCAAAUGCUCUCGCGAAUAAUUGUCUUCUUAAAGUAGCAACUUUUGCUGCUUCAUUGGGUCAAUACGAUAAGGCCAUUGAAAAAUUUGAACAAGUUGCAUAUGCUAGUCUUGAUAAUCAACUUACCAAAUGGUCACUUAAAGAAUAUUUUUUAAAAGCUGGAUUAUGUCAUAUCGUUAAUGGGGAUUAUAUAGGGGCCGCUAAUGCAAUUGAAAAAUACAAAGAUAUGGAUGUGUCUUUCGCCGGUACUCGAGAAUAUCAAUUUCUUCAAGACAUACUUUCCGCAGUCGAGAAUGGUGAUGUUGAAACCUUUACUAAUAGAGUAGUUGAUUUUGAUCAAUUGUCUAAAUUGGAUAAUUGGAAAACUAGUAUUCUGUUACAGAUUAAAAAAGGAAUUCGAGAACAACCAAUUUUGACUUGA